AUGACGGGACCCGAGACUAAACCGUUGCCUACGGUGGGUAAGCAAGCCUGUGACCAGCUGCUGAAACGGUUGCUUGGAGCCAUUUGCCAUUUGACCAAGCUAUGUGAUAAUGUGGAUACAGCACGUGCCAAGCAACCUGCACCCGUAAAUGACGAGAAGGACACGGCCCAGGCGACAAUAGAUGAUGAUUUUUCUGAGACUGAGGUCAAACCAACAGUACAACACCAAUUGGCUACUCAAUACCCAACACAGUCAGAGUUGUCACCAACCGACCAGUCACCUGACAGCAGGGCUAUCGACAUGAUGCAAAUUAGUCCGGUGAAGCGCAGGGUUAGUCGCACGAAGACCGUACCUCAAGUGGCACCUUACGAGAAUGUCCGUAUUACGCGCAGAGAGCGGUUGCUGAAGAAUGUACAAAAUCGAGCCCAGACAAUUCCGACUCCUGAUGAGAUGCCGGCUGAUGGUCCGGAUUGGUAUCAGAAAUCAACAAUGGUGAAAUCGCCUGAAGACUUUCUCAAUAACGGUAGAUAG